CCACCUCCAAAGCACAAGGUGUCACAUUUGAAAAAGAAACCUGAGCCCCAGGGAGGUGGCGCUGAACGACCCUGGCUGGGCUAGCGCAAACUGCGCGGCAGGGCGCUGGGCAGCGCUGGAGGACCCGGAGAGCUCUACCACAGAACAUCCUAGCGACCUGAUUCUGGGAUCUCGGCUCCACGCUCCCUUCGCAAUUUUCAGAUUUCUUCCCCUUCAUUAUUUCUCCAAAACGGAGCAUUUAUACCAAAAGAAGGUGCCGGAGCUGGGGCAACCAGGACUUUCCCGGGCACCCAAGAUGCGCUCCAUUAGAAAACGGUGGACCAUCUGCACUAUAAGUCUACUUCUGAUCUUUUAUAAGACAAAAGAAAUAGCAAGGACUGAGGAGCACCAAGAGACGCAACUCAUCGGAGAUGGUGAAUUGUGUUUGAGUAGAUCACUUGUCAACAGCUCUGAUAAAAUCAUUCGGAAGGCUGGCUCCACCAUCUUCCAACAUUCUGUACAAGGCUGGAAAAUCAAUUCUUCUUUAGUUUUGGAGAUAAGGAAGAACAUUCUCCGUUUCUUAGAUGCGGAACGUGAUGUCUCAGUGGUCAAGAGCAGUUUUAAGCCUGGUGAUGUCAUACACUAUGUGCUGGACAGACGCCGGACGCUAAAUAUUUCUCAAGAUCUGCAUAGCCUCCUGCCUGAAGUUUCACCAAUGAAAAACCGCAGGUUUAAGACCUGUGCUGUUGUUGGAAAUUCUGGUAUUCUACUAGACAGUGGAUGUGGAAAGGAAAUUGACAGUCACAAUUUUGUGAUAAGGUGUAAUCUAGCUCCCGUGGUGGAGUUUGCUGCGGAUGUGGGGACUAAAUCAGAUUUUAUUACCAUGAAUCCAUCAGUUGUGCAAAGAGCAUUUGGAGGCUUUCGGAAUGAGAGUGACAGAGAAAAAUUUGUGCAUAGACUUUCCAUGCUGAAUGACAGUGUCCUUUGGAUUCCUGCUUUCAUGGUCAAAGGAGGAGAGAAGCACGUGGAAUGGGUUAACGCCUUAAUCCUUAAGAAUAAACUGAAAGUCCGAACUGCCUAUCCAUCAUUGAGACUUAUUCAUGCUGUCAGAGGAUACUGGCUGACCAACAAAGUUCCUAUCAAAAGACCCAGCACAGGCCUCCUCAUGUAUACACUUGCCACCAGAUUCUGUGAUGAAAUUCACCUGUAUGGAUUCUGGCCGUUCCCUAAAGAUUUGAAUGGAAAGGCUGUUAAAUAUCAUUAUUAUGAUGACUUAAAAUAUAGAUACUUUUCCAACGCAAGUCCUCACAGAAUGCCAUUAGAAUUUAAAACAUUGAAUGUGCUACACAAUAGAGGAGCUCUAAAACUGACGACAGGGAAGUGCAUGAAGCAAUAAAGCACAUUUUGAAGGAUGAAAACUGGACACAAACUUUUUUCUAAAGAUGCUUCUGGAGAUUUAGAAACAGGAUCCAAAACAAGGCUGGGUUUCAGCAACCACCAGUGACUGAAUAGCUGAAAUGGAAGUCUAUGUGAACACACCACCAGCUAAAGAAAUACCUGUCAAGUGCUCUCACUGUAAAAUACUCUGACUUCAAGGGUCCUCGUAAGUGCCACUUCCAAGAAGAAUACAGUCUGAAUGUAUCACCAGUAGUGUUUACAAGAUCCAAUAGUGCACUCAUCAUUAAUUAGCAAAGCAAAAAUGUCCAUCACUGUGGGGCAGCCCCUGUAAUGCCAAGCACACUGGAAGGGAGCCCGGGAGCACAACUUGGCCCUUGGGACAUUAGAACAUCUCUAGGAGCAGAAACGAAGAAGAACAGAGUUCGAGCAGUGCAAUCCAUGAGAUGGAGCAGAUCGAGUUAAGGCCUCCAAUCAGGACACUGAGAAUGAUCAUGUUUAUGUUUUGCUUACAUUUUUGUCUUCUGAAAUUUAUUUUGGUUUGAGUAUGGGGUGCUUAGAAAUUGGUUUGAGAUACAGAAAUGAGAAAUACAUAUAGAUGAAAAAAAACUUCAAGCAGUCCUUUUUAAAGUUCUUAUAGUUUUUAAACAGCAAUCACACCAAAUUUUGGGGUUUUGUUUGUUUUAUUUUGCACAACUCUAAAUCUCUGGAUUAUGUCUUAAUGGUGCAGCAGGUACCAGCCAAACUAUACCACUCAUUAGUAAUAAACAAUUGUAAAGAAGUGAUAUUUUUAAAAAUAGUAAAAUUAGCAGAGAAAUUUCACUCUUGGUACCAAAGAUUAUAUCAUGUUCCAACACAGUAAACCAUUCUCCUUUCAUGAAAAGAAUAUAUUAACACUAACACAUCAAGAUGCUGUUAAUAUAAAACUUGGCUCAAAAUAAUUAAAAACUUUCAAACACAAACGUUAUGUUUAAUUGACAUCUUUGACAUUUCAUAAUAAUUUUAUGAAAACAUGUUGCCCUGUAGAAGAAAUGUUGGAUUGAUGUAGCUGAAAUGUGACUUCUUCUUCUAUAAUAUCAUCUUGGUUGUUCUGGUGCAAGGAUCAACAUGAGCCACUUCAUAUCACUUUAAAAUUUCUCUCUACAAAAUAACAUGAUCAAUCAAGCCUUGUUUUCAUAACAGAUUCAGUGCAGUUUAAUAAUAUGUAAACACUGUGCAUUUAAAAUGAAUUCAAUUGACAAGGAUUUUUCUGUAAUUAAGUACAGUUUCAUUAUUACUGCAUUUUUAAAGGAACAUGAAGUUUUUCAUAGAGUAGAGUGACUUUGAAUCUGAACUGACUGGUAGGCCAGUUUUCUGUUUCUCUUGAAAGCAGAAGAACUGAAUUCUCACUUCUGCUUUGGCCUGCAGCACCUUGACAUGACUUCUUGUUUCUUGGGGAAGGCAGUCUUAAGAAAGCAGAAACAGCAUGAGAAAUAUGUGCAUUUUGUUUUUCUUAUGACAAGAAAUCUAAAAUGAAUGAAUAGCAUGGAGAAAGUAUACAUAUACUGUAUACAUAAUUUAUAUUAUGGAAAAGGAUAGUCAUGUAGUGCAGUUACCAAUAUUUUGAAGAAAAGUUAGCAAUAUUUUAAAAAGCCAACAGAAUCUCAGGAUAAAAAGCAUUUUCUGAGAACCUGUGUACCUAUCAGAAAGAAAAAUAGAAUGGGAGUUUCAUAAGUAGCAUGAAUUAUCUCAAUAAGAUUUUUUUCAUUAAACUCCUCAUCUAUUUGGAAAUUUGAAAGUAUUAGAUAUGUGUUGUAUGAAUAUUAAAUUGAAAGUCUAAUUUACUGGACAAAUGAAAAGUGGAGUGGGUAAUGUGUGUGUCAAAUUUAUUUUGAACUGUAUUGAAAGAAGUAUUCCCAGCAGCACCUAACAUCAAUUCCAUAGAAAUCUAGAAGUCACAAGUAAAUUCUUACAAGCAAAUACUAACUUGGCCCUUUUUUAAAAUAUGUAUUUAAAAGCAUCAGCAUACCAUUUUGACUGAAUUUUAAAAAGGAAAAAAAAAAGAAACUUAGGUCACAGCAAGCACACCUCAACCAUCCGCUGUUUCGUGCGUUGAUGUUUCUCUCUUAGAUGCAUUGGGUAGUGCCUUUUAACGUUUUCACAUUGAUUCUUCACCCUCUGCGUUGUGUUUUCUAAAUGCUUGCCCAGUUAAGAGAAUGUUCAGCAUCAAAAGGGCUUCAGAUUUGAAAGAAACUACUUUUGUUCAUCUCAGGGAACUUUCAAUACAUAAGAAAGAAUUCAAUUAAAGAUGUGUAGUGCUCAAAGAAGAAAUACUGUGUGAGAACAUUUCAUCUUCUAUCAUACAGCUUUUCAUUUAUGCCCUCACACUGCAAUCCUUAUCAUUGCCUUCUUGCAGGGAGAAGACUAACAGUGAGAGGGAGGAAGGCAGUUAUGGUUUAACACACACGAUAGCAUAAGGGAUCAUAGCAAAAUCAAACUAUAAGUAUACACUUGAAGUACCCGCAUUUUCGUUAAUAUAACAUGCUCACAGCUUUACUUGUUUUAUUCCUUCUUCAUGACUUAAUUACGCACCUGGGAAUGUUCAGACAGCUGACUGUAAAAUAUCCCAGUCAUUGAGGUAACAUGGUUGCUACUGUGCUAUUGCCACAAAUAGACCAUGGAAAUAUUCUCCCUAUUAUUACUCAGCAUGACCUAUAGUUAAUAAUGAGUUCUGAAAGAAAAUAUGAAUCAGUAAUAGAUUUUCAGGGCAAAUCUAGUGAUUCAGCUCACAGGAAUAAUGAAACUAUUGUGGAAGUCUUUCUCACUGGGAGAAGAUGCUGGGCAUUGAAUUGUCUUCAUGUGUUGUGUAUCAUAUGAACUGUAUACUGAUUGUUAAUGGAAAUCUCUACAUAUAUGCUUACAGAAAUGCUUUAUUGAAGAAAUGAUAAGGGUAGUGUACAUACCAACAAAUUACUCAGCUACUACUCAAGAAAGGGUAAGCAAAGUAAUUUAUUUCUAGUUGUGCCAGUUAGCCAUGAUACAUAUUAGUGAUGUUUGGUUCACUGAGGUAUUCUCACGUGAUUGUUACAAGGACUAUCUAUAGAUGUGGAGGGGGAUGGGAAAAGUUGUGUACAGUUAGCUGUUAUCUCGACAAGUUUGGAAGUUUCUCCAUUAAAUGUUAUCAAUAUAUCAAGGUUUUAAAUUUUAAAAAGUAAGGAUAAUUGUUUGUAUUUGCUAAACAAACUCCAAAUACAACCCACCUAGAAAUAGAUAUUUUAUUAUAUGUGCUAUAAAUAUAUCUAUAUAGUACAAAUAGACAUGUGUGAUGCAUAUAUACCAUGUUAUAUAUGUAUAUCUGUGUGUACACACUGAGUCUGUAAUACAUGCACAACUAGAUGUGUGUUAUACUGAUAUCUUCAGGGUCUGCACUGUGAACUGCCUUGGAGAUCAUGACCACUUUAAAAACAGAAGUUCUUUUGAGACUUCAUUUACUCUGCUUUAAGAAAGACCUACUUCAUAGUUUAAUUAUAUGUUCUUUCCUAGAGUAAUAGUAAGAGACUAGUAUGUUCAGAUCUUACAAAAAAAAAAAAAGUAAAGAAAAUGUAUCUUCAAGCUGGCAAUGUAUUUAAAAUGCGAUUUUCUGAUUGUGGGUCUAGGCUGUGUGUUUCCCUUUAUGUAGCACCCUUUAAGAAAUACUGUUUCUUUGUGUAAGUGAAAGCACAAGUGUUUUAAAUGUAUAUAACAGGAAGAAAGCAAAAGAGUUUACAGAUAGCUUUGCUGCAUAGGAUAAUUGCUACUGAAUUUUUCUUACACUGCUCUGUGGAAAGUGAAGAUGAAACUUACUCUGUAGGUUCAUUCUGUUCCACACUGUUUUCUGUUGUUUGUGUACAGUAAUUAGAUAUUCUUGCUUUAUCAUUCGUACAAUUGUAAAAUAAAUUAAAUUACUUUUUUCCAA